AAAAAAGAUGUAACAGGUUUCUUCACUGUAGAGACAACACAGACUAUGGAUCCACUGAUCAUGCAUUCAUCAACCGGUUUCUCCAAAGGGUUCCUACGCAUCAGCGGGUGCCUGAACGUUUGGGUUUAACAAACCCUCUUCCGAAGUUCCCACUAACGUGGGAGUCAUAGAUAUGUAUUCCGCCGAUGUCAACGACACACGAGUCACGGUUACGCAUCUAGCCGAGCACACCGCAACAGUGAAAUACCAUGACAAGCCGGGUAUUUUUGAAACGAAUCAAUAAAUCGGUGGGGCUAGAGAAGUGACGAUUCAUGCUGGAAACACCACACCUUUCCGUCAGAGAUAGUAAUCCCGAGCAGUACAUCCAUCAUCAAGGCGCUGCUAGCACAAGUGUGGAGCAUCAGAUAGGCGAUGGUGUUGCGGGCUGUGUCGGCACACGAACUUGGAUGCCGUUCCUUCUGAAGAUGUUUCGGAGAUUGAGGCUGCUUCAUCUCUAUCUUCUGCAAGUUUGCGGUCGCUACACUCGAACUUUCCGUGCCAUUCGUCUGGCUCCUCGCAUUUUUAUCUACCUAACGCUUUCUGUGGACGCGAUGAAUAGCUUACAAGGAUCCACGAGCGAUUUUGAUGCAAGUGUUGUCAUCGGGCCCGUGCAAGUCUUUGGGCUUCUGAGUGGCGCAUUGUUCGGCUGCCUUGCCUGCCAGUCCUACGUGUAUUUUGCAAAGUUCACGAGCGACUGUCUCGCCCUGAAAGCAACUGUAUCUGCAGUCCUCUUGAUUCAGCUGGGCCACUUCGUCUGCAUAUUGUCAAUGUUGUGGACAAUGACCGUCAGCACCUAUGGCGACCCGUCUCGACUCGGUGUUUUUCCUCUAGCGGCAGACCUAGCCAUUCUGUUGAGCAGUUUUACCGUAUCCAUUGUGCAGUCAUUUUAUGCAUUCCGACUUUGGAAGUUGGCUAGAAAUGUUUACUUACCCAUUAUUUGCCAAAUGUUUUCCGUGGUUGCGCAAAUUUCGACAUUCAUUCUCUUAGCAAGGGCAUUUUCUAUGACGGACCUCACAACGUUUGAAGCCAGUCAAGGCUCGUUGAUUAUGCUCGCUUUCAGCGCACGCGCAGUCUGUGAUUGGAUCACCACCGCUGGUAUUGCCUGGAAUUUAAAAAAGAAACGAGGCUCUAACAUCAUAGAUCAUAGCACGACGACAAUGAUCGGCCGGUUGAUUCAUUGGACUAUCGAAACUGCUCUGAUCACCAGUUUACUCGCCGGCACAGUGAUGAUAUUGUUUCUAAUCCUGAAACGGAACUAUGUGUGGUUUGGAGCAUGGUUGAUGUGGCCUAAUGUCAUAGGGAACUCGAUGUUGAUCUCGUUAAAUCGGCGGUUACUCCUUCAAGAGACUCGGAGUGAUGGUGGUUUGGGCAUGAUUGUGUUCAGAGCCGAAGCCACGCAAUCACAAACGGUCCCACCAGAGAGCCCUCAACGUGUCCCAAGAUGCAGAACACUCGAUCAAUCAGGAACAAUGGCAGCUUUUCAAGCCUAUGGUAGUCCACAUAUGAGAAUAUGUUUGGCAGAUGAUGAAACUCGUUUCUGACUACGAUGUACGACGAGAUGAUUUAUUCUUCAUAUUUUGUAGGUUGGCAUAGUAUGCAUUAGCUACCAUGGUUCUUUCAUGCCACAUCGAUACCUGCCAGUACAUACUAGUAUACGCUACAGAAUGUAUACACCAGGACAGCCAGCUAACACAUCUCAGGUGCACCGAUGUCAACAGUUACAGAUCUCCG